UGUAUGAAAAUGCAAGAACAAAGGUAGUCUGUGUCAUUUUGAGACAAUGGAUGAACAUUUUAGCAAAUUCAGCAUUUACCAUAUAUGAUUGUUAGAUUUUGACUAACUAGUUAUGUCAUUUGUUCUUACAGACAUUCGAUUGUCCCUAUUGGUGUUCUUGUUCCCUACAAUAGUACAGUCAAUUUCGAUUCUCUUGGAUUAGUAGCUAUCUCUCAAAGUAUUAUAUUGAAUUCGCUUAAUGCUAAUGAUCAAACGAUACAUUGGUACAUUCGUUUAUUAUGCUUCAGAAGAUCUUUCCAGCUCUAAUAAUGAAAAGAAUAAUAGAAAAACAUCGAUUACUUCAAAAAAUGGAAAACCUAGAAUUCUUUCAUUACAAGAAUAUGAAGCCGAAUUAGAUAGUUUAACCAAUGAACCAAAAUUCUCUGAUGAUACAGACAUAGAAGAAUAUUCUUCUGAUGAAGAUGAUGACAAUGACAAAGAUGAAAUUAAAUCUUUUACAUUACCGAAUUCAAGCAAACUACAAUUAUCUGUCCAUUAUAAUAAUACAGAACAAGAAAUGCAUGUGAAUGUUAUACGUGCAAACAAUGUACCAGGUAGAGAAGCUGGUGGACCCUCAGCUUAUCAAAUUCACUUAUCUAUGGAACCAGAUAAUAAACAAUAUUGGAAAAGUAAAAUACGUACAGCACCUAAUCCAGAAUAUUUAGAAGAAUGGAAAUUCAAAAUUCCUCUUGUUACCAUUCAUAAAUCAACGCUUAUUUGUCGUAUCGUUGGAUUUUUCGGUAAUGAAGAAUAUCUGUAUGGAGAAGGUUUUUUAUCAUUUGAAAAUGUAAAUUUAACUAUUGAAAAUAUUGUUACAGUUAAUUUUCAACCAAUACAUGUUCUACCAGUUUCAUAUGAUAUGCAAUUAAAAAAGUCAACAAAUGAAAUUGAUGGUAACAAUAAAAUGACAAUGAUAAAAUUAACUAAUCCAAAUCAAUCAUCAAUUUGUCUACAAAAUGAUAAUCUAAUCAUUAUGAAUAGAAAAUUAUCUAAAGUAUUAUUGAAGUUACAAUUAAAUCAACAUACAGGACGAUUUGAAUGUUGUAUUCAACAAAUUAAUCUUAUUGAUAUAAGAAUAAGUAAAAUACCAAAACGAAAUAUUUAUAUUCAAUUAUUUAUUAGAACAGAACAAGAUGGUUGCAUCAAUAAAGCCCAUAGUGCAUAUUAUUAUAAACAAUCUAUCAUUCAUAUCAAUGAAACAUUUGCAUUUUAUAUAAAACCAUAUCAAUUAAAUCAAAUCACUAUAGAAUUUUUAUUAUAUAAAAAAAAUCCAUUUCAUAAACGAAUUAUAAUUGGAACAUGUAAAAUAGGUAAAUAUAAUACAAGUAUUGAUGAAUUAGAACAUUGGAAACGUGUAUUAACAACAACAGAUCAAAUUAUAUCAAAAUGGCAUAAAUUUUAUCCAAUAGCUAUAACACCAUUAGAAAUGACAUUAAAAAUUAAUGAUUAA